CUCCUGCCCUGGCUCCCGAUCCGUGAAGAUCUAAUCCGGGUUUUCUCUCAGACCGGACCGACGUUGAGACAGCAAAGAUGGCGGCUGAGCAGCGUUGAACCCCCUCCGUAAUGAGUUCCCAACAUUCGCGUAUUUGUUGAGUUUUCUGUAGUUAAAUAGACUUGCGGCUUACCCCUUAAGCUCGUCUUAACACAGAUAUGUUGUGAGGCUGUGAGUUUUUCUUCCAGCCGUUGUAAAUCUCUAGUUUUCUGCUGUAGCGGUGAGAGUUCAUCGCAGUAGCUUCUUAGCUCUGAUCGUCAUUGUAAAAUGGCUCCGGUGCAGAUCGGGUCAGAUGGGCAGCUCGUCCCACUCGGAGGUCCGGUGGUCUCGGGUCCACAGCCACCACCACCCGGGACCCCGGCUACACAGGGGGUCCGACUCAGUCUGCUUAUUGAAUUCCUUCUUCAGAGGACCUACCAUGAAAUCACCCUGCUGGCAGAGCUGCUUCCCAGGAAAACAGACAUGGAGAGAAAAAUGGAGAUUGUCCAGUUUGCCAGUCGUACCAGACAGCUCUUUGUGCGACUGCUAGCCUUAGUGAAAUGGGCGAGCAAUGCAGGGAAAGUUGAGAAAUGUGCGAUGAUUUCCAGCUUCCUGGAUCAGCAGGCCAUCCUGUUUGUGGACACUGCUGAUAGGCUAGCAUCGCUGGCCAGAGAUGCUCUUGUACAUGCUCGUUUGCCGAGCUUUGCCAUCCCCUUCGCCAUUGAUGUUCUCACCACAGGGUCAUACCCACGCUUGCCAACAUGCAUACGAGAUAAGAUCAUUCCUCCAGACCCCAUCACCAAGACUGAGAAGCAAACCACCUUGAGUCAGCUGAAUCAGAUUCUACGGCACCGCCUCGUCACCACAGACCUCCCACCUCAGCUAGCAAACCUCACAGUUGCUAAUGGGCGUGUGAAGUUUCGUGUGGAAGGAGAGUUUGAGGCCACUUUGACAGUGAUGGGAGAUGACCCUGAUAUUCCCUGGAGGCUGCUGAAGUUGGAGAUUCUUGUGGAGGACAAAGAAACUGGAGAUGGCCGAGCCUUGGUCCACAGUUUGCAGGUGAACUUCAUCCACGAGUUGGUCCAGGCCCGUCUAUGCGCAGACGAAAAACCCCUACAGGACAUGUACAACUGCUUGCACUCCUUCUGUCUGUCGCUGCAGCUCGAGGUGCUCCACUCUCAGACUCUCAUGCUGAUCAGAGAGCGGUGGGGCGACCUGGUGCAGGAGGAGAGAUACAUGCCUGCAAAGUACCUCACUCUCACCGUGUGGAACCAACAGGUUCUGGGGAGGAAAACAGGUACAGCAUCAGUUCACAAAGUCACCAUCAAGAUUGAUGAAUCCGAUGGAUCCAAGCCAUUGCAAAUAUCCCAUGAGCCUCCUCUCCCCGCCUGUGACUCCAAGUUAAUGGAGAGAGCUAUGAAGAUCGACCAUCUGUCAGUGGAGAAGCUUCUGAUCGACAGUGUGCAUGCCCGCUCCCAUCAGAAGCUGCAGGAACUGAAGGCCAUUCUAAAGGCCAGCAAUCCCAGUGACAACUCGUUCAUCGAGACGGCUUUACCUACUCUGGUUAUUCCAAUACUGGAGCCGUGUGGUCGUUCAGAGUGCUUACACAUUUUUGUUGACCUGCAUUCUGGCAUGUUCCAACCCAUGCUGUAUGGAUUAGAUCAGUCCAUGCUGGACGACAUUGAAAAGACCAUUAACGAUGACAUGAAACGCAUCGUCUCUUGGCUUCAGCAACUGAAGUUCUGGUUGGGGGAGCAGCGCAGUCGACAGUCUGUGAAACACCUUCCCACUGUGUGCACUGACGUCCUUCACCUAUCGAACUCUGCCUCUCACCCUGUUGGCAGCUUGUCAAAACACAAACUCUUCAUUAAGCUCACACGUCUUCCGCAGUGCUACAUUGUGGUGGAGAUGCUUGAAGUGCCGAGCAGUCCCACAGCGUUGCAGUACAAGUACUCUUUCCUGUCAGUGUCUCAGCUGGAAGGAGAAGACGGACCCAUGUGCGCACAGCUCCUGCAGCACUUCAAACCCAACCUAGAACACCUCGUUCAAGACACCACGGCAGGGAGAGGGGCACGGCCUGGGACUAAGAGAAAGAAUUCAGGGGACCCGGGGGAAUCGGAGCCAAAGAAGCCUAAACGAUCUGGAGAGAUGUGUGCCUUCAACAAAGAGCUGGCUCACCUAGUAGCAAUGUGUGACACCAAUAUGCCUUUCAUUGGCCUCAGAACAGAGAUGUCCAACAUGGAGAUCCCAAACCAGGGAGUCCAAGUGGAGGGUGAUGGCAGCAGUCAUGCAAUACGUCUACUAAAGAUUCCUCCUUGUAAAGGUGUAGGAGAGGAGACCAGGAGAGCUUUAGAUAAAUCCUUACUGGAUUGCACCUUCCGACUGCAGGGCAGGAACAACCGGACCUGGGUGGCUGAGCUGAUUCUAGCCAACUGUCCUCUCAACAGCACGCACAGUAAAGAGCAAGCAUCCACACGGCACGUGUAUCUGACCUAUGAAAACCCUCUGUCGGAGCCGGUUGGUGGGCGAAAGGUGGUGGAGAUGUUCCUUAACGACUGGAGCGCCAUCAGCCAGCUCUACCAGUGUGUCCUCAACUUCUCUCGUGCACUGCCAGAGAUGCCAUCCUUCCUGAGCCUGUUCUCCGAGGUGCGGCUUUACAACUACCGUAAGCUGGUGCUGUGCUACGGCACCACCAAGGGCAGCUCCGUCACCAUCCAGUGGAACUCCAACAGCCAUCGCUUCCACCUCGCCCUGGGCACCGUGGGGCCGAACUCCGGCUGCUCCAACUGCCACAAUAUCAUCCUCCAUCAGCUACAGGAGAUGUUCAACAAGAAUCCAAAUGUGAUGCAGCUACUGCAGGUGCUUUUUGACACACAGGCCCCUCUCAAUGCAAUCAACAAGCUACCAACAGUGCCCAUGCUGGGCCUGACCCAGCGCACCAACACUGCCUACCAGUGCUUCUCCAUCCUACCACAGUCCCCCACACACAUCCGCCUGGCCUUCAGGAACAUGUACUGCAUCGACAUCUACUGCCGAAGCCGCGGCGUGGUGGACAUCAGAGACGGAGCCUACAGUCUGUUUGACAACACGAAGAUUGUAGAGGGCUUCUACCCGGCUCCUGGACUCAAGACAUUCCUGAAUAUGUUUGUGGACAGUACCCAGGAUGCUCGCAGACGCUCCGUCAACGAAGACGAUAACCCGCCCUCGCCGGUGGACGUGAUGGAAAGUCUGAUCAACCAUUUACAAGCUCCACAGCCGCCGCCGACGAUGAGAGGAGCAGGGGGAGGCGUUUACCCUCCUCUCACUUCACCGCCUCCGAACUACCACGCUAACGUAACUCCAUCACAAUCUAUGAUGCCCAUCCAGUCGCCAGGGAACAUCCAUGCCUCUGGCUCCCCUAGUGGAGCUCUGAGGGCACCCUCUCCUUUUGGGCCCACCCCGUCUCCGUCUUCUCUGGGCAUAGCGAUGGGUCAGACCAGCUUUGCCAGUCCCCACGGUGCUCUGGAUCCCAGCUCUCCAUAUGCCAUGGUGUCUCCCAGCCACAGGGGUCAGUGGCCGGGCUCACCCCAGGUCUCAGGGCCUUCUCCUGGGGCAAGGAUCCAUGGGAUGUCCCCUGGUAAUCCAUCACUGCACUCGCCUAUCCCCGACCCUCAUUCUCCUCGUGCUGGGACCAGUUCACAAGUCAUGCCUUCCAGUAUGCCUCCACCCCGCAAGCUACCUCAGCGCCCCUGGGCUGCCUCCAUUCCUACCAUCCUCACCCACAAUGCCUUGCAUGUGCUUCUGCUUCCCUCACCCACUCCCUGCCUGGUGCCGGGCCUGGCAGGAAGCUACCUCUGCUCGCCACUAGAGCGCUUUCUGGGUUCAGUGAUCAUGAGACGGCACUUACAGAGGAUCAUCCAACAGGAGGCUAAUUUAUCGAUUGUGAACUCUAACGAGCCGGGGGUGAUCAUGUUCAAGACGGACGUGCUGAAGUGCCGCGUAGCUCUCAACCCAAAGAACUAUCAGACGCUGCAACUUAAAGUCACUCCGGAAAACACCGGUCCCUGGUCCCAGGACGAGCUUCAGGUGCUGGAGAAGUUCUUCGAGACUCGGGUUGCUGGUCCUCCCUUUAAAUACAACACUCUGAAUGCCUUCACAAAGCUGCUGGGUGCACCCACAAACAUCCUGAGGGACUGUGUGCGCAUCAUGAAGCUUGAGCUGUUCCCCGACCAGGCUGCACAGCUGAAGUGGAACGUGCAGUUCUGCCUCACCAUCCCUCCCAGCGCCCCCCCGAUCGCCCCUCCUGGAACCAUCGCUGUGGUGCUCAAGUCCAAGAUGCUCUUCUUCUUGCAGCUCACCCAGCGCAUCCCAGUGCCCCAGGAACCCGUGAGCAUCAUCGUGCCCAUCGUGUACGACAUGGCGACUGGUCUCACACAGCAGGCCGACAUUCCCAGACAGCACAGCUCGUCUGGGGCAGCAGCACUCAUGGUGUCCAACAUCCUCAAGAGGUUUAAUGAACUGCACCCUGCCAGACCGGGUGAGUGUACGAUAUUUGCUUCUGUUCACGAGCUGAUGGCCAACCUCUCCUUACCCCCCGGCACCCGUCAGUAGAAACAGAUUCAGAGCCAUAAAAACAACCAAACUUGGAGUCUCUUUGAGGCUGAGGAGCUAACAGACUGUGGACUCAAGAUGUCAAAAUCAAGCAUGUGUUCUCACUGCUGCAGACCCUGGACCUUUGACCUGUUGUAUAAUUUCUGAAGGGAGUAACAUGUACAGCUGUGGACAUCUGUCUCUAUUCUUGAUGGAAGCCACGCACUGAUUUUUGCCUAGAAGGUUGAUCUUUGGGGUCAUUUCAUGCAAAAGGAUAUAAAUGUUAUUUUUUCCUCCAGGUGCACUUGUAAACAAGAUUAUCUAUUGAAUUUAAGGUUGUUUACAAAAUGAUGUACAUUGCUGUAUAUUUGAGUAUUGAAAAGAAUCAGGUGAGUUAGAUUUUUGCUAGAGAAUGUCUUUUGUUUUGUUUUGUUUUUAUAACGCCAGACUGAUAUUAUUGUAGUAUCAGGAGAUAUAUUCCUUAGCACACUGUUUAAAUGUUUCUUUGCCUCGACUUUGUCUGCAUUUUUAUUUCAAACUCUCACUUUGAAUACUGGAAAACUGCAACAAACUUUAUAUGCCACUUGUAUUUUAUUAAGAGUCCGAUUUGAAACAACCUGCCUGACUUUGCUAUUUAAUAAACCAAGCCUAGAGUUGG